ACCGCGGAGCCGGCCGGACACGGACAGCUCCGUCGCUCCCUCCCUCGGCUCAUCCCUGCGUCCCCACUUCCCUCCUCCCCUCGCUCUGAGCAGCAUCCUCUGCACACCCUCGGUCCUCACUCCCGCGUUCGUCCGGCUCCCGCGGCUCCGUGUAAUUACCUCCUCUCACCGGCCAACCCCGGAACUUUCUCCACCCGGGCCCAGGAGUGGGGGGUGGCUUCGCCUGGGCGGGUUUCAACUAGGGUUCAUUGGGGGGCAAUCUCUGGAGAAGGGCUUCAAGGUCCCAGAGAGACGCCCACCACCCGCAACCUGCCCCCAUCGGGCCUGCCGUCGGGUGUAGGUACCCUCUCGCCCCUUCUACCCCAACCAUGACCGAAAUGAGCGAGAAGGAGAACGAACCGGAUGACGCGGCCACCCACACACCCCCGGGGACCGGCUCUGCCCUCCAGGAAACCAAGCUCCAGCGGUUCAAGCGCUCCUUCUCCCUCAAGACCAUCCUGCGAAGUAAGAGUGCGGAGAACUUCCUCCUCCGCUCGGGCUCUGAGCUCAAGUGCCCCACCGAAGUGCUGCUGACGCCCCCAACCCCGCUGCCCCCCCCUUCCCCACCAUCGGCACCCACAGACAGGGACCUGUCCACCCCAGCCCCCUCCCCCUGCCCAAUCCCACGCCCCCUGGUGCCACUCAAACCAGUGAGGCUGCACAGCUUCCAGGAACACGUCUUCAAGCGAGCCAGCCCCUGUGAGCUGUGCCACCAGCUCAUUGUGGGAAACUCCAAGCAGGGCUUGCGGUGUAAGACAUGCAAAGUCAGCGUCCACCUCUGGUGCUCCGAGGAGAUCUCCCACCAGCAAUGCCCAGGCAAGACGUCCUCCUCCUUCCGCCGAAACUUCAGCUCCCCGCUCCUGGUGCAUGAGCCGCCACCAGCCUGUGUCACAAGCAGAGAGUCCCCACCCACGGGGGCCAGUGGGAAGGUGGACCCCGUCUACGAGACCCUGCGCUAUGGCACCUCCUUGGCACUGAUGAACCGCUCCAGCUUCAGCAGCACCUCUGAGUCCCCCACGCGGAGCCUGAGUGAGCUGACCGAGGAUGGGGAAGGCAGCAUCCGCAGCUCAGAAGAGGGCCCUGGUGACAGUGUGUUCACAGCCCCGGCCGAGAGCGAAGGGUCAGGAGCAGAGGAGAAGAGCCCUGGACAGCAGGUCCCCAAACCCCCCCUGCGGAAAGAUGUGGGGCCCAUGUACUCUUACGUCGCGCUCUACAAGUUUCUGCCCCAGGAAAACAAUGACCUGGCUCUACAGCCUGGAGACCGGAUCAUGCUGGUGGAUGACUCUAACGAGGACUGGUGGAAGGGCAAGACUGGUGACCGGGUCGGCUUCUUCCCAGCCAAUUUUGUGCAGCGGGUGAGGCCAGGCGAGAAUGUUUGGCGCUGCUGCCAACCAUUCUCCGGGAACAAGGAACAGGGCUACAUGAGCCUCAAGGAGAAUCAGAUCUGUGUGGGCAUGGGCAGGAGCAAGGAUGCUGACGGCUUCAUCCGCGUCAGCAGCGGCAAGAAGCGGGGCCUGGUGCCAGCCUAUGCCCUGACUGAGAUCUGAGAGGAGGCAAGAGGACCCAGAUGCCACCCCUGCCCAUGCCUGGCCCUCGCGUCUGGCCCCGGAGGGGGAGAAGGCAUAUGCCUACAUUUUUCCUCCCUCCGCCUCUCUCCUAGGGGCCACUCACCAUGGCUUGGGAGCCUUCUGCUUUGAGGAAGGU